CAUAGCAAUUCGUCUCCAACCGUAAACAGCUGAGAGAAAGGGUCGAGAAGACAAAAUGGCGGAGUGAAUGGGUUGCGCUGUGGCAAACGGUUGCGACCCUCGAAGAUAUUCCAUUGGAUAUUCAGGACCGAAAUGUUUGGAUAGAAAAGCGAUAUCGCCAGGAACGUAAUUGUUUUGGCGUUUCAGCCAUACGUUUUUUUAGGUCAUUUCCCCCAGCGACGAUCCUCGCGAUAGCAUUUAGCUGUAACUGGCUGGUCGUACAAGGCCGCAACAUCUUUCACAUUUACAUCCAAUUGUAUGUCGUUACUGCCACGUCAUACAGUAUUUCUUAAAGGAAUUCGUGUUUCAACGAACAUCUUUUGGGAAUGGUAGCGUAAAAAAGUCAACGCACGGAUAUUUCUUUCCAAUCCGGCGCAUUACGUUAGCCGUAGUUUUUUUUUUUUUUUUUUUAAGUAGCUAACAGUGGUCGAUAGCCACCAACGCCAGCUGACUCGGGGCCACCUUUAUGUUUGGCCGCUGCCCAGAAAACACAAUUCCCUGAAGUGAAUCUUGCGGCGAUUGUCAUCUGGUGGAUAUUAUGGCGAGCAGCAGCGGCUCUAAAGCCGAAUUUAUUGUCGGUGGGAAAUACAAGCUUGUCCGAAAAAUCGGAUCGGGGUCUUUCGGUGACAUAUAUUUGGCCAUCAACGUCACAAAUGGAGAGGAGGUAGCAGUCAAACUGGAGUCACAGAAAGCCAGGCAUCCGCAGUUGUUAUACGAAAGUAAGCUGUAUAAAAUACUACAAGGCGGUGUCGGCAUUCCACAUAUACGGUGGUAUGGCCAAGAGAAGGAUUACAACGUCCUAGUGAUGGACCUGCUUGGCCCCAGCCUCGAGGACCUAUUUAACUUCUGCUCUCGCCGCUUCACCAUGAAAACUGUCCUUAUGUUGGCAGACCAGAUGAUCAGCAGAAUUGAGUAUGUACACACAAAGAACUUCAUCCACAGAGAUAUCAAACCAGACAACUUUCUCAUGGGCAUCGGCCGUCACUGUAACAAGUGUUUAGACUCAUCAGUGGGGAAGAGGAAAAGAAGCUUGGCGGUUAGCUCUUCUCAGGACCCAUCUUUCUCAGGAUUAAACCAGUUGUUCCUUAUUGACUUUGGAUUGGCGAAGAAGUACAGAGAUAACCGAACACGACAGCACAUCCCCUACAGAGAAGACAAGAACCUGACUGGCACAGCACGUUAUGCCUCCAUCAAUGCACACCUGGGCAUUGAACAGAGUCGGCGUGAUGACAUGGAGUCACUAGGCUAUGUGCUGAUGUACUUCAACAGAACCAGUCUACCAUGGCAAGGACUGAAGGCUGCCACAAAGAAGCAGAAAUAUGAGAAAAUCUCGGAGAAAAAGAUGUCCACCCCUGUGGAGAUUCUCUGUAAGGGUCAUCCAGCAGAAUUCUCCAUGUAUUUGAACUAUUGCCGUGGUCUGCGCUUUGAGGAGGCUCCAGAUUAUAUGUAUCUUCGCCAACUCUUCCGCAUCCUCUUCAGGACUUUGAACCACCAAUAUGACUAUACAUUUGACUGGACCAUGCUGAAACAGAAAGCAGCGCAGCAGGGGGCUUCCACCGGGGGCCAGGGUCAACAGGCGCAAACCCCCACAGGCAAGCAAACUGACAAACCCAAGCCUAACAUGAAAGCCAUUUGCUAAAAUCCAAAAAGACCAAACUGACAAAAUGGAGAUGAACAAGCCUGACGUAGUGGUGGUGGAUAAACAACAGAAGACGGCAGUGGUGCUAGAUUUAGCAAUCUUACGUGAUCGCAACAUCCAGAAAAAGGAAGACAAAGUUUAAUAUUCAGUAUUGUUUAAAAAAGUGUUUUUACAAGGGUUUUUUAUGUGUUAACUUUGACUAUUUUUACAUUAAUCCGAAAAGCAUUUUUUGUAAAAAGCUAAGACUUUUCUUAUAAUUUUUUCUUUGGGUGAGAUUAAAAAAGAUUACAUUAAUUACAGAGCAAAAUGAAUAAAAAAGUGUAGCGCUAGACAGCUCUUAAUAUAUGUAAUACAUGCAUGCAUACAUAGAUAUGUAUGUGUAUAUGACACAAUUCCCCUUUCAGACAACAUUUUAUCUCUAAAGUAGAUUAAAUCUAUUGUUUUAGAUUCAAUUUGAUUCAGAUUCUUGGAGUGGUGAUUUAAUUUAAAAUACAUUCUCAAUUUAACUAAUCUUUUCAUUCAAACUGAUUUCUGAUUCACAAUCAAUACAUUUUUGAUGCCCAUUGAAUACAUUAUUCUAUAAAAGGAUUUAUUGAUUGGCGGUCCGAAUUUGGACCGAGACGUCCUAUAUUGACCGACACAUCAUCCUAUAUGGACCCAGGCGCCGUCUUAUAUGGAUCUGGACCUUAUAGUCCAACCAUCCAUCCUUUUUUCUACCGCUUGUCCCAUUCGGGGUCGCGUGGGGUCUCUGGAGCCUAUCUCAGCUGCAUUAGGGCGGAAGGCGGGGCACACCCUGGACAAGUCUUCGCAGGGCCAACACAGAUAGACAACAUUCACACUCACAUUCACACAGUAGGGCCAAUUUAGUGUUGCCAAUCAACCUAUCCGGAGGUGCAUGCUUUUGGCGGUGGGAGGAAGCCGGAGUACCCGGAGGGAACCCACGCAGUCAAAGGGAGAACAUGCAAACGCCACACAGAAAGAUCCCGAGCCCGGGAUAGAACCCAGGACAACUCAGGACCUUCAUAGUCAAUUAAGUAUUUUAGGUUUCACUUUGACUUGAACAGCUUUUAUAGACUUGACAGUACUGGUACAUCGGAUCAGAAAAUACAGUAACCAAUUACAUUGAGUAGCUAUGAAAGCCUGUUGCAUCUAACCCCACACACCAAAAACAAAAUAGUCCUUGUUAUAUGGAACAUGAUUGCCAGAGGAAAGCACUUAGACCAAGUGUUACCUUCCUGUAAGCCAUAUUUUAAAAUAAAAAAUGUUGCCCCCUAAAUAAAGGUGUGGAGUCCCCAAUGUUUUGUGGUGGGCCCCUACAAAUUAGUAAAUGUAUGGGAACCACUGAAAUUUUCUGGGUUAAUUGAUGUUAAUACGUGUUGCCCAUUAAAAAGAUGAAGAAACAGAGGAAAAAUGCACUGCAGGUCAACAUUUUGUUUUUCAAUACUUGUCACUGCAAAAACCUUUUGUGGAGUUACCUUCAUAUGAAUGAAAAGUCCACAUCAAUGAAGGUGGUCCUUGGGUUACGAACGUGUGGCCAUUUUUAAACAGUGAUGUAAGUUACGUUCCAGGGUAAGUCGGAUCUUACACCUAAAAUAUACAUAAAUGAACUCUUAAGUCACUCACACUGUGCACAGAAAACAAGGACAUUUAAGAUAUGAAAUAAAACAAUAAAAACACUG